AUGUCUGCUAUCUAUUCAGGGGCUGGCUGCCUCGGCAAAGAUAAUGCUGGGGCAACGAGGAACUGUUCCCCAGAAGCACCUGUGCCUCUGCUUUUCAAUCCGCAUCCGUCUUUUCACACGUGCCCUUCGCCGCUCCACGUGGCAGACUUCGAGGGGGGAUCGGAGGCUCGAGCGUCGCCGCGGUCCAAGCUGUGUCGGAGGGCGAGCGAGCGAGCGCCCGGCUUUCUUUCCUGGCUGCGCGUGAUCCCCGGCAGGCUGAUGGUGACAAUCGGCUCUCUGCUCUUCUGGGCUCUGGUGUACAGUUACUGCGGUCUCUGCGCCUGCCUCGAGCUGCUGAAACUUUUGUGGAGCCUCGGCACGAGGCCAGGCAAAACCUUCCAGUGGUUGAUCCGGGAGAACCCGCCAGGCUGCCUCAAUGACCCCUCCUUGGGAACUCACUGCUAUGUCAGGAUCAAGGAUUCUGGGUUGAGAUUCCACUAUGUGGCUGCUGGGGAGAGGGGUAAACCACUUAUGCUGCUCCUUCAUGGCUUUCCAGAGUUCUGGUACUCCUGGCGUCAUCAAAUGCGGGAAUUUAAGAGCGAAUACCGAGUUGUGGCCUUGGAUUUGAGAGGUUACGGAGAAACAGAUGCUCCUGGCCACCGAGAGAAUUACAAGCUAGACUGCCUGAUUACAGAUAUAAAGGAUAUCUUGGAGUCUCUUGGAUACAGCAAGUGUGUGCUGAUUGGACACGACUGGGGUGGAAUGAUUGCUUGGCUGGCUGCGAUUUGUUACCCAGAAAUGGUGACGAAGCUGAUUGUUGUGAAUUUUCCCCAUCCCUCUGUUUUUACAGAAUACAUUCUACGACAUCCAUCACAAAUGAUUAAAUCUGCCUACUAUUACUUCUUCCAAAUGCCAUGGUUUCCUGAACUUAUGUUUACAAUAAAUGAUUUUAAGACUUUGAAAAACCUCUUUACCAGCAAGUCCAGUGGAAUUGGAAAGAAAGGCUGUAGGCUUACAGCGGAAGACAUUGAAGCUUACCUAUAUGUAUUUUCACAACCAGGAGCGCUAACAGGUCCCAUAAAUCACUAUAGAAACCUUUUCAGUUGCCUGCCUCUGCAGCACCAUGAGGUCACCAUGCCUACUCUGUUGCUAUGGGGAGAAAGAGAUCCCUUUAUGGAUGUUGAAAUGGCAGAAAUCACAAAGAUUUAUGUGAAAAAUCAGUUUAGACUUACUAUUCUGUCAGAAGCCAGCCACUGGCUCCAACAAGAUCAGCCUGACAUCGUGAACAAACUGAUAUGGACUUUUCUAAAAGAAGAGUCAAGAAAAAGAGAGUGAACCCUUUUUUGCCAGCACAAUCUAAAUGUUAAAAGCUCGAAGUUAAUUGUGAUCAGGGCCAUAUUUGCAGCAAAACUUAGACUGAGCUCUGCUAGAGAAAACGUUUUCAAUGUACUGUAUGUAUUGAUGCCAAUGUUAUUACAAGAAGGUGGUGUAAGACUAUGUAGUAUUAAUGUUGGUUUUACCUGUAUUCCGUAUUUUGCACAUUAAACACUUGCCUUAAAAUGUUUGUGCUUGUACAAUAAGGAACUCAUAGAAAGUUGCUUAGUUUUGCUUACUCACUUGCUUUAAGAUUCUAAUGUGUGGUGCCUUUUACAAAUUUAUAAUGAUUAAUCAGUGCAGGGGCACCUGGUGUAAAGUAAGUUAUUAUUGGUAUGAUUAUAUAUUUUCAUUCUACUGGUUGGAAUUUUUUUUAACCUAUAUUUUUAUCAUUAAAAAUGUUAACAGAUCUUUUGGUCUACAUAUUACUGUAGAAGUCUAAAGAAAACAAAGUAACAAAUCUGUUGUAAUUGUAAGAAGUUGAUAGCUGCUUGUGCAGUGGUCUAAAAUAUACGAUGUAAACGCAAAGUGUUUCAAAAAGUAAAACAGAGAAUGAAGAAUUAUGGCCAUUAUUUAUGUAUCCUAGCAGUUACCUUUGUUCUAAUAAACUGCAA